UAAAUUAUUGCAUAUGAUGUAAUUAAUUUUUUAAUAAAACAGUAAUGCAGAACGUACAUGUAUUUAGAAAUAAAUUUAAUUUUACUUUUUCAAUUUACUUAAUUGGCUUAUAUCAUUGGCCUUUGCUUUAAUACAUCUCCUGACUGUUGGCAUUGCAUAUCCGCGCAAACGCCCUAACAGUAUCACAAUAAUUUUUAAUAUAAUUCACUUGGUCAUAUGUUUUAUUAUUUUAAUAUAUGACAUGAUACGUUUCUUCUUUAAUGAUACGUUCUUUGCUCUUGAAGGCGACAUAUUCAAGUUUAUGGACACACAAAAGAAUAUAUUUUUAAAAUUGCAAUAAUGUCUUCCUUCGGGAUUAUUUUAUACUUAAAAUAGCUUAAAGAAUAAAUAUUUUUUGAUUUAGGAUAAAUUAUCUUUACGGCAAAAUUAAACCUUUUUAAAUUAAUAUAAAGGCAGCAUUUAAUGAUCGUAUCAAGGCAUAUAACGUUUAAGAAUAAAAUUUACUUGCAGCAAGAUCUAUUUCUUCGUGUGAUGACCGUGGUAAAUAAUUUUUUCGUUGAUGAAUUCAAGAUAAAAUGUUGCGUAUUGAUGGGAUAGGCAUAAUAUCGCUAUGAGAUAAGACGGCCGCAGGAGGAUCAUAGACGCCAUAGAUAGUUUGUCGACAAAAAUCGCGUAACGAGCUAUCGCUUUUUGUAAUCGCUUUCUUGUUAAGUAACUAAAGUGGUGACUAAUAAAAUUAAUUAAUUAAAUUCUCUGGGUUGAUAUGUGAUAACGCCUAACGACCGUACCUUAAAGUAACACAUAUAUGCAUAUUCAUUUUGUAUGCAUGUGUGCGUGCCGAACAUGCGUGCGUGCGUGCAUGACUUAUCCUCACUCUGCUGUACAACUGUUAUAUGCAGUAUCAAGGCGUGCGCUCGUUAAAGUGUUCAGAAAUAUAUUACUACAGAAAAAGUUUACUAUAAUAUCUUGUCUACGAAAUAUUUUGUGUCAACCGGGAGUUUUAAUGUAACCAGCACUCUUUUGCAAAACGUCAAUUAGCAAGAAAAUAAUAGAGGAAUAAAAGAAACGAAAAUGAAGGAGGUUCAUGAGCCAGUACACGACAAUUUUCCGUCGAUAGAGCACACCUUACGUCCAAUAUCUUACACGUCUUGGUUCAUGGGCGUGGGAAUUGCACGUCCGCUAAAGUGUCCAAAGUAUGUGACGAUAGUCAUACGUAUCAUUCACCUGGUUCUAUGUACAGCAAUCCUAAUAACAUACUCCCAAUAUCUUUUCAUUUCGUACAUAAGUGUAUACAUGUUCAAGUAUAUCCUAGAUUGGAUGUCAUACGUCGUGUCAGGAUAUUAUUACAUUUAUCACGGAAUCAGGCAAUAUGACAAGUGGCCGGAGCUAAUGGAUAAAAUGAUGGAGCUUGAUCGUAAAAUUAGAAGGGAAACAUACAUGAAUGAUCAGCCGGUAAAAAACAUGGAAGCAAUAAUGAUUCUCAUGACUUUUAUAUGUUGCCCUGUGUUGAUGAUUAUGUACUCCGUGUAUUACUAUAUGUUUGAUUAUGACAUUCCCACAGUCACAUUGUUGUUAUACUACAUGAUAGCACAGUCGUUGAUCAUCAGCUUCGUCUUUGAUAUUGUCGUUUAUGUGCUGUAUUACAGAUAUCAAACGAUAAAUAAGUUGAUCAGUCAUUUGGAUAAUCUGUCUGAUGCAUCAUUGAUGGCGCUCAAAAUUAGACACAUUAGAGAAUUGCAUAAUGAUAUUUGUGAUAACGUUAUUAUGAUAAACGAUAUUCAUGGUCUUCAUCUUCUUCUCUGCUCGGCAAACUGCUUCUGCAUAGUUGCGACUUCACUAUUCAAUGUCUACUUAAGAAUCGAGAAGGAAGACUAUCAGUCUAUAUUGAUUUAUAACAUGGAAUCGAUUAUAUACUUCAUGCAAUUUGGUUUGAUUUGCUGGAUUUGCACACUCGCGCGUCAAGAAUUUGACAAAACCAAGAUAAUUAUAUGCAGAAUUGGAUUGAAAUGCAAAUCUGUGAAUUUUGAUAAACUAAACGAUGUAAGGAAUCAAUUAAGUUUAGAAGUGCGUCCGCCAUUGGAAGACGCGGACAGCGGACAAAAUUCUAAUUGGAGUAACAAUCACGAUUGGAAUUACGUUGUCACGGAAAAUCUUUUGGGUAAAAUUCUGGAUCGAGACCACGUCAGAAACGAAAUCAAUGACUUUUUGAUUCAACUGCAACAGCGUCAAGUAUCAUUUACAGCCUGCAAUUUCUUCGAAAUCAACAAUAAUUUGUUCUGUGGUUUUAUCGGAAUAAUCGUCACAUAUUGUAUAAUCUUUAUUCAAUUUACCACGUGAACAUUAUGCAUUCUACUGAACAUGUUUUUAUCAUUUUGUUAUAUAUGUCGCAAGUAUACAAAAAUUUUGGAACUUCAGCUAUCAAUAACAUUUAAAGCAUUUUGGUAAAUAACGUUUUUUGAAGCAACUAAAUAAAGUAAACUUAUUCUUCAGUUCGUUGAAGAGAUUAUUACUUAUUUAUUGCUUUCCAUUCCAUUUUUUUUGAUCCGUUCAUUAUGCGAUUUUACUUUAUUCAGAAUACAUUUGCAAUAUCAGUUUUUUAUACGUCAAACGAGUAUAGUAUACAUACAUUUAAAAACAAAACUUUGAAAUUUCUGUUAUUAAUUAAAUUUGAAUCACUAUUAAUUAAAUUAAAAAUUAUUUAUUCUAGUAUUCUUUCGUUCUUAAUACCAAUAAUUGCAAAAUGUAAUUAAAAAUUAUUAUGUACAGCAUUUAAUAAAUAAAUUAUCUUUUUAAAAAA